AUUUGACUCCAGCACACCUGUUGAUUUCGAGGAAAACACAGAGAAACUGUAUCGUCUGCUGGAAGAAGCGGACUGGCCGGUGAGAGAACAGGACGUGAGUCUACUGGCCCGGGAGAUCGCUCGGGCCCAGAAGUUCCUCGGACAGUCACAAGCUCUGCGUAAAGCUGCCGCUGGUGAAGGUGAUGAUGAUGAUGAUGAGGAGGAUGAAGAAGAUGAUGAUGAGCGAGACGACAAAAGUGACCAAGGAAAAGAAGAAGAUAAUGAACCACCAGUUUCCAGUGCAAGGUCAAACUCGCCAAGGUCAAAUAAAUCCGAGGCUAGCCCGACCCGAUCUGAGGCAGGUUCCAAAGACGAUGAGGUUAGUCUGCGGCGAGAGUAGAGAGGGAGGGGAGGAUGUCCUGUUGUGUAUGUCCUGUUGUGUAUGUCCUCUGAUGUCCUGUUGUAUAUGAGCA